GUGGAAUUGAUACGUACUGGAGGUACGUCAAGGGCGAGUCCAGUCCGGUCCAUUCUUGACGCUGUUACUCUUCCCUCCCCUCCUCCGCAGGAGCCUUCUCUCAAACUUUGGCUGAAUUGCGAAUCAACUCCUUCAGAGUUCUUUUCCAUCAGUGGUGCUAUCUUUUCCGACAGGUAGUCAAUCAAUCAUUAGAGCCGACUAGUGGUGGUGGUUGAGACCCGCCUCCAACCCCGAAUCCACUUCUCCAUCAUCAUUGAUUAUCUCCUUCUCCUCUUGUUCGCCUUCCCGCGCACAUCUCCAUUUGCCUGGCUCGGUUUCACACUCUUCGCCUCACUCACUUUUCUUCCCUCCUCUUCCCCCGAGUAUCAUCAACAUUCGUUCGCUUCUGGAUCUUUCUUCUUGUCGCACUCUCCUCCACUCCGGUCUUUCUGCGUUCCCUCCGCUCCGUCGAUGCCGCCCUUGGCUCAAUAAGCACCAUGCAGUCUAGCGCCCUCUGGCGGCGCGACGAUUCCACAGAGCAAUUCCUCAAACUCAUCCAGAAUCCUUUCAAAUCCGCCUUUCAAGUCAACGCCGUCUGGGCCUCGUUGGCCACUUCCGCCGGCUUCAGCAUACUUCUCGCCCUUCUCUUCUCUCUAUUCAGACCUCGUCACUCUCUCGUUUACGCGCCCAAAGUCAAGCAUGCGGAUCGGAAACAUACCCCACCACCAGUGGGAAAGGGCUUCUUCGCCUGGCUCAAGCCUGUCGUGCGUACCAAGGAACAGGAUCUCGUGGACUGCGUCGGGCUCGAUGCCACCAUGUUCAUCCGCUUCGCCAAAAUGUGCCGAAACAUCUUCAUUUUCCUGAGCAUUAUCGGCUGCGGUGUCAUGAUUCCGUUGAACCUGACACAGAGUCAGGGUAAUACUGUCUCGCAGUUCGGCGCUUUCGCGACGAUGACCCCGCUCUAUGUAUCCACCGACGCUAUCUGGGGUCAAGUUGUUUGCGCCUGGCUGUUCGAUAUCAUCGUUGUAUUCUUCCUGUGGAGGAACUACCAGGGCGUUUUGUCUUUGCGCAGGAAAUACUUCCAAAGUGCCGACUAUCAGCGCAGUCUUCAUGCGCGUACACUAAUGAUUACCGAUAUCCCCCCGUCUGCUCGUUCGGAUGAAGGUGUUUUGCGCUUGACAGACGAGGUCAACCCGACAGCCGCCCUUCCUCGGGCUUCUAUCGGCCGCAACGUGAAAGAGCUACCCCGCUUGAUCAAGGAGCACGACGAAACGGUGCGAGAACUCGAAUCUGUGUUGGCCAAGUACCUCAAGCGACCUGACCGCCUGCCGCCUAACCGUCCGACCAUGACCCCGCAUCGGAAGGAUAGAGGCGAGCACCCUAGCGGCAAGGUGGAUGCGAUCGACUACCUGACCGGUCGCAUCCAACGAUUGGAAGAAGAAAUCCGACAUGUCCGGGCUUCGAUCGAUAGACGCAAUGCCAUGCCGUUCGGCUUCGUCAGCUGGGACAUGAUUGAGCAUGCGCACGCGGUAGCUUACAAUGCCCGUAAGAAGCACCCACAAGGCACGACUAUCGCUCUGGCAACUCGACCGGACGAUCUCAUUUGGGAGAAUCUGCCCCUGUCCAAGGGCGCACGGAGAUGGAAGCGAUUUCUCAAUGCGAUUUGGGUGUCGCUUCUUACCUUUGUGUACAUCGUCCCUAACGGCCUGAUUGCUAUCUUUCUGUCCAACUUUUCGAACCUGGGCCUAGUUUGGCCCGCGUUCCAGACAUCGCUCGACGCUAACCCAAAGGUCUGGGCCGCAGUUCAGGGUAUCCUGUCUCCUGCCAUCACUUCUCUCGUUUAUCUUGUUUUGCCCGUCAUCUUCCGACGGCUGGCGAUGCGGGCGGGCGACGUCACCAAGACCUCUCGCGAGCGUCAUGUGCUUGGCCGGCUGUACUCGUUUUUCGUGUUCAACAAUCUGAUCGUGUACUCACUCUUCGCUGCCGCCUGGACGUUCGUCUCGGCUGUUAUCGAUGCCCAAAAGACCGACAACAACGCUUGGGAAGCCAUCCAGGACGGACAAUUCUACGAGAAGAUUGUGAGUGCCUUGUGCAAUGUGUCGCCCUUCUGGGUGACGUAUCUGCUGCAACGAAACCUGGGUGCCACCAUUGAUCUGGUCCAAUUGGUCACCGUUUUCUGGGUGUGGUUCUCGAAGACGUUCCUCGCCCCUACCCCUCGCCAGGCCAUUGAAUGGACGGCUCCGCCGUCUUUCGAGUAUGCCAUGUACUAUAACUACUUCCUCUUCUACGCCACCGUCGCGCUUUGCUUUGCAACAUUACAGCCCAUUGUGCUACCGGUUACCGCGCUCUACUUCGGGCUGGAUGCGAUGAUGAAGAAAUACAUGCUCCUGUAUGUGUUUGUGACCAAAACCGAGUCUGGAGGCCAAUUCUGGCGCGUGCUGUUCAACCGUAUGGUAUUCGCCGUGAUCUUGUCCAACAUCGUCAUUGCCUUUGUGGCCAAAGCCAAAGGUACAUGGACCAUGGUUUUCUGCGUGAUUCCCCUACCAUUCUUGAUGCUGGGCUUCAAGUUUUAUUGCAUGAGGAAGUUUGAUUCCGAAAUCACCUACUAUAAUCGCGCUAACCUCACGGAUGCCGAGGCUUUGGCAGUCAGCAAGCCGAACAAGAAGGCUUCCGAGCGACUCAACACCAAGUUCGGCCAUCCCGCCCUUUACAAGCCCCUCAUCACUCCGAUGGUGCACGCCCGGGCGGCGGAAGCUUUGAAGCGUAUUUACAGCGGUCGUCUGGGGACCAUCGAUGCCGAAGGCGAAUACUCCGACAUUGUCAUGGAUGCCAUGUCUACUGCUCGUCCUGGAAAGUCUAUGAUGGACGCUGCGGGCCCGGCGCCAUUCGAGGUGGUCCCGGAAAAUCAUCUGGACUUUUCUUAUUUCAAGGACCGACCGGAUUUCCGAGACGAAUUCGGCGGUGGUAUCUACGGUCGCCCCGACGAUGUGUUCACCGAACGGUCACAUACGCCUCGAAGUGCUUUGGGUGAGUGGUCGCCCACAUCUUCGCGCGCAUCAUCGCCGACUCCAUCGGUGCCUUCGCUCUCUGGGCUGAAGCCACACGAUGGGUACGACCCGACGGCCUACGACCACAUCCACCCUGCCUUCCGUGUUCCUGCACCCCUGGGCGGCAGUGGGCUGUAUCAUCAGCGUAACGAAAGUGAAACGGAGCUCCUUGCUCAAGCACAACAGCCGGCUGCCCCAGAAAUGGUGACGCCAUUAGACCGCUGGCGGACCGGGGGUUACGGCCCUGUUGAGCAGGAUGAGCCCAGUAUCACAUCGUAUGAGCAUUACCGGAUGCCGCAUUAGAGAGUGCGUGCAUGUCGGGAUAUUUGGUUUUGAUUUUUAUUUUUUCAGCGACAACGAAUACUAUAUCGUUGAUACAUUAGAUGUUUUUGGGUUGGGAUCUUUUUUUGGCAUCCUUUUUCCGAAAGGAGGCAUGGAGUAGCGGAAGCAACGUGCCCACGACUAUUUUAUUCGGAUAUUGAGCCCGAGUUGUACAUAUGACAUAUUACAUGACUAGAAGAUUCGUAUGCAAAUGUGUUUGAGAAGAUCAC